GGCCUCAUAUUUCCAUUGGGAUUAUUUGGAGCGAGAACAGCGAGAAUGCGUCAAAAAAAAAAAAAAAAAAAAAAUUACGACAAAUUCUAGCAGAAUUGUUACGACCUUUAACCAUUAUCGAAUGGACAGCUGCCGCUAGCUCUCUUUAUAAGCUGAUCCGUCGCAAAGGCUUCGUGUUUCCCAAAAAUAAAAGAGUUUCGACGUCGAUAAAAGAUCAAAGCUGCCCUGCACUUUCACCGUACACAACUGUUAAUUAAACUUCUCGUUGACAUUGUUUUGGAACUUUUAAUUACCACGAGAGUCAAACUCGUUUGCUCUUCGCGUGAAUUCGUUACUCGCUAAUUGGUCGCGCAUCGCCUCUUUCAGCCGCGCGAAUACUCGGCACGUAUUUUUUUUGCGUCGAAUUGGUUCUUUAACGCUGCGGGAUCAACUCUUAUUACCGGCAAUACACGAUCCGCAUCAUUCCAAGGUCCGCGUCAAUUCGAUCAUGACUGUCGUUUGAAGUCCGAGGAGAAGAAAAAGGUGAACCUUUCGAGACCUCGCAGAAGAACGACUGUCGCUCUCAUUUGCGAAUACGUUACCGUGACUUUUUUUUUGAAAGUCGUUGACUUUCAACGGGAAUAAACGGCUCGCUCCUUUAGCUCGUCUCACGGACGCGCGAUUAAAUACUUACCAGAUCGAUGCAGCUUUUUAAUUUGCCAAGAACCAACUUCAAACUCGUUAUACGCUUGGUAUCGGCUUGCGUUUCCGCAAACGACGUCCACUUCACAGACUGCGAGAGAAAGGUUACAACGUCGGCGCAUUAUUGAUGUUCCUUUUCCUCAAGACAUCGAUAUAAUGGAAAGAAAAUAAUUUGCCGCAUGUAUUCCAAGUGCGAAAACGCGUUCGCGUCACUCGGCCCAUACGACGCGCCCCGUGUGUACGAGACGAUGAUAAUAAAUGGAUUUCGAUUGAGUGUCAGAUAGAAGGGACAGAUCUCGAAAGGGGAUGUAACUAUCAAGCGAGGUCACGACCUGCACGGGGGAGGCGAGCACAAAGGAGAAAGCUCGGGAGCGGCAGAGAGAAAACCGGAUAAAUUAUUUGGUUUGUAGGUUAGGGCUUUUGGUGUCGUAUUUUCUUGUACGCUUUUAGAAAACAGCGUGCUGUACUAAUGGCGUUCGGUCGAUCAACGGAGCAGUACUGAGGGAUUGUAUACACCGAGUGUGUGGCUUUCGCUGAGAGCAAAUACUUUCUACAAGUGUGCCGGUUAGACGGAGUUGCUACAUAAAUAACACGAAUCCUCGUAAAAACCAUAUGCUCGAAAUGAUUAUAUUGAUUCUCAUGUAUAAAAAAUCUGAAAAUAUAUCGAAAGCUAUUUGCUCGUACAGAAUGUUUCGCGUACUGCCUCGAUUUACUUUUCUGUAAACCUCACGGUCGAAGGCAUGACUUAAAGUUCUUUAAAGCCUUCUGGAGCGCGAAAAGUCGCGGUACGGCGAUCAAGGAUUUUUUUUAUUCGUCUUACGUCACUCGAUUGUUAUUGCAUUUUGAACGUUUCAAAAUGACGUGUUACCCUGAGAAAUUGCAGCUCUGCCCUCGAAAGUAGUGAAUUCGAGCACUUCGCGCAAAGGUAUUCGAGCGAGCUUACAUUUAUUCAUACGACAAAACUAUUUUUCCGUCCCCUUAAAAUACCUCCCAUCUCGAAUUCGUCACGUCCCCGCCAAAGGUAUUAUUCACCCUGGAAACUGCCAGACGAAAAAAUGAGCUUUCCUCGUCGCGCAUCAGUAAAGCCGAUACCUCGUAUAGAUAUAUUUGCCAAGGCAUUCGAUAACCGUUAGCUACACUCGAAGGCACGCCGUAAACCAUCUGCGCUCUCGGAAACUCCCAUCACGAUACCGUCGACAGUGAGUGCCGCUGCGGGGUGGUUGGACGUAAGAGCGAGAGAGAUAGAGGAGAAAGAUGCUUAGUUUUCCCGAAAAGAAAAAAGGGGUGGUAAACGCCGCACAGAUGAGGCCUCUCUACUACCCACGGUAGUCGGAGUUUGACCCCCCCUCCCCGUCGCCCUUAGGAAAAAAUGGGGGGGGGGGGGGGGAGAAAGCGAGAGAGAGAGAGAGAGGACGGCUGCUGGCGGCUGUGUUUUGUCCUAUUGCUGCAUCAUUUGGGAUUGUCGAUCUACCUAGUCGAGCCUGCGGCUACCACGCAGGCAGAGAAAUUUCCGAGCUGGUGGUUAGUCCAUGCGCUGACCUGACCCACAGCGCAAUUCACGGAAUCCAGCCGAGAGCGAAGCUGUUUAUUAAGCUACUUUAAAGACUGAUAGGAACUAUGUCAUUAGAAAAUGCACAAAUUUUUGACAAAACUGCCUAUUCGCACGAAGAAAUUCCUCAAGCCUUAGAAGAAUAUCAACAAGAUAUUUUAGGCGAACUGUCAGUAUUCAUUAAUGAUAAUAAUAUAAAUAAUAUACCGGUACAACAAUUAGUACUUAAUGAUGAAAUACUCAGUAAUUUAACUGCCGUGACAUUGCCGGAUGGAACGCAAGCAUUUGUUACGCAGAGUGUUAAUCAUAGUAAUGAAUGUGAAAAAGAAGAAACUUCCCUAAAUGUAGAUGAUGGUGCAAUAUUUGUAUCUCAUGUUCCAGAUCUUAGUCAUAAUAAACUAAUGCAAAUGCAACUGGAUUCCUUAGUAAAAGAAUGUACGCAAAAUGAUAAUAGUGUAUCGAGUGAUGUAGAAAAUAUUUACCCGCAGGUGCAAGUUAUAAAUGGUGUAGUAUAUGUAGUAAUGAAUCAAAUAGAGGAUCUGCAAAAUGUAUGGAUAGAAUCAAAUGAAAAACCAAAGAGUGAUGCAGAUGAUGCAGAUAAUCAAAGUGAAGACGAUAAUUUUAAGAAUGUGCAUAAAUGUCCCAGAGAAGAUUGUAGUAAGAGAUUUAGUACUAUACACCAUUUAAAGGUACAUGAACGGACGCACACAGGUCAACGGCCCUAUGAAUGUACACAUUCGAUGUGUAAAAAAAGUUUUUCUACAGGCUAUAGUUUAAAAGCUCACUUGCGUACUCAUACUGGCGAAAAGCCGUAUAAGUGCCAAAAGGAUGAAUGUGAUAAGAGUUUUAAAACUUCUGGUGAUCUUCUAAAACAUGUUAGAACCCAUACUGGUGAAAGACCUUUUGUCUGUCCCUUUGAUAGCUGUGGUAGAUCCUUCACAACAAGUAAUAUUAGAAAGGUACACAUACGAACACAUACAGGGGAGCGGCCUUUUAAAUGCCCCUUGCCAAACUGCGGCAAGGCCUUUGCUAGUUCUACGAAUUAUAAGAAUCAUACGCGUAUACAUUCUGGCGAAAAACCUUACGUAUGUUCAAUUAAAAAUUGCGGCCGGCGGUUCACAGAGUAUUCUAGUCUUUACAAGCAUCAUUUAGUUCAUACCCAAGAAAAGCCUUAUCGUUGCGAACUGUGUCAAAGGCAGUAUCGACAGCAGAGUACACUUCUUAUGCAUAAGAAAACCGCCCAUUCUGGAAAUGGCAACGAUCAAGAUGAAAUUUUGGACGUGCUAUUAGAAAAUUCCGUAGAUUUAAUUGACGGAGCUAGGAAAAAUAAGUUAGGGAGCGAAGCGAACACGGGAGCUUCUGAGUGCAAUGUAGCAAAUAAUUCGCAGUUCUUACUUAUUGAUGAUCCUAGUCAAUUGAUAAAUCUACAGGCUCUAGACGGACUAAACGACGAGACUGUAGAUAAUCCUAUGGAUAUUGAAUUAGAUGAAAUGAAUGUUAGAUUUGAAGGUGUUGAAUUCAAAUGGAAUUAACGUAUAGGUGUCAACCCCAAAUUAUAGGCGUGAAUCUCAAGUCGAGCUUUGACGUAACACAUUCUAAAAUAUUAUAGUUCAAUAAACUUUAUACAAGUUUUACGAAAUAGCAAAAUGAAAGUAAUGAGAUUUCUAGUAUUGUGUUUAUAUUUAUUAAUGAAUUAGUGGACACAUUUGACAUCAAACUAUUAAGUCAAUUCUUGAGUCUAAU